AUGCCGGGUACCACCGUGUCACACGCGCCGCCGCAGAUACCGGGCUUCCUCAUCUCCAGCUACGAUGCACAACCUCUCAAAGAAGUUGUCGCGACACUCUUAGAGCGCGACAACUUGCGAUUCCCCGGCGCGCAGCCCGUUUCCUUUGCCCGGGAACACAUGGCCGAGCUUCAGCGACAGGAAUACUUCAUGUGCGAGAAGACCGACGGCCUCAGGUGUCUCCUCUUCUUGCACUGGCAGGACGCUGGUGGACCCGAGUGCGAACCAGUGACAUUUAUGAUAGACCGCAAGAACAACUACUACAACAUUACGCCUCCAUUCGCAAUUCCUCACUAUAUGCACCUGAAUGAACAGGGCCGGUUCCUCUUCGACACAAUACUAGAUGGCGAGCUAGUGCACGAUCACUACCCCGGCGAACCGGCGCCUCGACUUAAUUACUACAUCUUCGACACGCUCGCUGUGGGUGGACAGAAUGUAACGAGCAAGACGCUAGAUAAGCGUUUGGGGAGACUUCAAGAGUGGGUCAUGAAGCCGUACCACGAGAUGCUAAAGAAGAUCCCCAACAUCAAGCCCGACGACUUGAAACCCUUUGCUCUCAAGGACAAGAAAACCUACCCAGCAUAUUCCCUCCAAGAGAUGUUCAACAACGUCCUGCCGACCCUGAAGCACGGCAACGACGGCUUGAUCUUCACCUGCAAGUCCACCCGCUACGAGUUCGGAACAGACAGACACAUUCUAAAGUGGAAGCCGCCUCAAGAAAACACUAUAGACUUCAAGCUCCGACUGGGUGAUUUCCCGCUCAUUGAUCCUGCUGACGGCGAGGAGGGAUUGAUACCAGACUACGACGCCAUGCCCGCGCCUUUCCAACUCCUCGUCCUGCAUAACCAGAACAACUACCAGCCCUUCGCAACCCUCUCCGUUACACCCUCUGAAUGGGACAAGCUCAAGAGCCUGAACCAGCGUCUCGACGGCCGCAUCAUAGAAUGCUUCCGCACACCCGCUGGGCAAUGGAAAUACAAAUCCGAAGGCGACGGCACGCCGAGGUGGCGCGACGACAAAAAGGACGCCAACCACAUUUCGACCGUGAACAGCGUUUUGGAAAGCAUAGAGAACCCUGUGACAGAACUGGAUCUACUGGAAAACCAAGAAAAUAUCAAAAAAGCGGACUACGGCAGGAAAGGGAAGCAAUAUCACCCGCCGCAGGACGGAGGCGAACGCGAUGCUAAGAAGCGCAAAUUCAGCCAAGCGGAGCUGAAUGGCGGACCACAUUAG